GGGGAAAGUGCUGGUGGCGGCGCGGGAGGAGGUGGCGGCGGCUGCCUGGAGCCAACAUGACCAGGCUCUGAAAGUGUUCCAGCUGAAAUUUCAGAUCAGACAGACUCGCUGCAGCUUCCGAGGCAGUGAUUCCCACCUGACAGCGCACGCCGCUGCCAAGCUGCAGGAUGGUGCACGUAGCCAGGCUGCUGUUGCUGCUCCUCGCUUUCUUCCUCCAUGCGGAUGCUGAGACACCUCCAAGGUUUACAAGAACUCCUGUUGACCAGACAGGGGUCUCUGGCGGGGUUGCCUCUUUCAUUUGUCAAGCUACAGGAGACCCAAGACCUAAAAUUGUCUGGAACAAAAAAGGGAAGAAAGUCAGCAAUCAGAGAUUUGAGGUAAUAGAGUUUGACGAUGGAUCUGGAUCAGUUCUCAGAAUACAACCCUUACGGACUCCGCGGGAUGAGGCCAUUUAUGAAUGUGUGGCCUCGAAUAACGUGGGAGAAAUAAGUGUAUCCACCAGACUCACAGUUUUGCGUGAGGAUCAAAUUCCCAGGGGCUUCCCUACUAUUGACAUGGGCCCACAGUUGAAGGUGGUUGAGCGUACACGCACCGCCACCAUGCUUUGUGCAGCCAGUGGGAAUCCGGAUCCAGAAAUAACUUGGUUUAAAGAUUUCUUACCCGUCGACACAAGCAACAACAAUGGCCGUAUUAAGCAGUUACGAUCAGAAUCUAUUGGUGGUACACCAAUAAGAGGAGCCCUUCAGAUUGAACAGAGUGAAGAAUCUGACCAAGGGAAAUAUGAGUGUGUUGCCACCAACAGCGCGGGCACUCGCUAUUCUGCCCCUGCCAAUUUAUAUGUCAGAGUUCGCCGUGUCCCACCAAGAUUCUCUAUCCCACCUACUAAUCAUGAAAUCAUGCCAGGUGGAAGUGUUAAUAUCACCUGUGUGGCCGUGGGGUCACCAAUGCCUUAUGUGAAGUGGAUGUUGGGGGCAGAAGACCUGACACCUGAAGAUGAUAUGCCAAUAGGAAGAAAUGUACUGGAAUUGAAUGAUGUAAGACAGUCAGCAAAUUACACCUGUGUUGCCAUGUCAACAUUGGGUGUCAUUGAAGCAAUAGCACAGAUCACUGUCAAAGCCUUACCCAAGCCUCCAGGAACUCCCGUAGUGACUGAGAGCACAGCUACAAGCAUCACAUUGACGUGGGACUCUGGGAACCCUGAGCCUGUCUCUUACUACAUCAUUCAGCAUAAACCUAAAAAUUCUGAGGAACCAUACAAAGAAAUUGAUGGGGUGGCAACUACACGCUACAGUGUCGCUGGACUAAGUCCCUACUCGGAUUAUGAAUUCAGGGUUGUUGCUGUUAAUAACAUUGGGCGGGGACCCCCCAGUGAGCCUGUGCUUACACAGACCUCAGAACAAGCACCGUCUAGUGCCCCACGGGAUGUCCAGGCGCGGAUGUUGAGUUCAACCACCAUUUUGGUACAGUGGAAGGAACCUGAGGAGCCAAACGGACAGAUCCAAGGAUACAGAGUUUAUUAUACAAUGGAUCCCACGCAGCAUGUCAACAACUGGAUGAAGCAUAAUGUAGCUGACAGCCAAAUCACUACUAUUGGCAACUUAGUGCCCCAGAAAACAUACUCUGUCAAAGUUCUGGCUUUUACCUCAAUUGGAGACGGUCCCCUUUCAAGUGACAUACAAGUCAUCACUCAGACAGGAGUACCAGGGCAACCACUAAACUUCAAAGCAGAACCUGAGUCUGAAACAAGUAUUUUGCUGUCUUGGACACCUCCACGUUCAGACACCAUUGCCAACUAUGAACUGGUCUACAAAGAUGGGGAGCAUGGAGAGGAGCAACGAAUUACCAUCGAGCCAGGGACAUCAUACAGACUGCAAGGGCUGAAACCAAACAGUUUGUACUACUUCCGUCUGGCUGCACGCUCUCCCCAAGGCCUGGGUGCUUCCACAGCUGAAAUAUCAGCCAGAACCAUGCAGUCAAAGCCGUCAGCUCCUCCUCAAGACAUUAGUUGCACCAGCCCAAGUUCCACUAGUAUUUUGGUAAGUUGGCAACCUCCACCAGUGGAAAAACAGAAUGGCAUUAUUACUGAAUACUCCAUCAAGUACACCUCCGUGGAUGGAGAAGAUGACAAACCUCACGAGAUUUUGGGAAUUCCUUCGGACACUACUAAGUACCUUUUGGAACAGCUGGAAAAAUGGACUGAGUACCGGAUCACUGUGACAGCCCACACAGAUGUCGGCCCUGGCCCCGAGAGCUUCUCCGUGUUGAUUCGAACUGAUGAAGAUGUUCCUAGUGGUCCUCCUCGCAAAGUCGAGGUAGAGGCUGUCAACUCAACAUCUGUUAAAGUCUCAUGGCGCUCACCUGUGCCCAAUAAACAGCAUGGCCAGAUAAGAGGAUACCAGGUGCAUUAUGUGAGGAUGGAAAAUGGUGAGCCCAAGGGCCAGCCCAUGCUGAAGGAUGUUAUGCUGGCUGAUGCACAGUGGGAAUUUGAUGAUACUACUGAACAUGACAUGAUUAUUUCUGGGCUACAGCCUGAAACUUCCUACUCCCUCACCGUCACAGCCUAUACCACCAAAGGAGAUGGUGCUCGCAGCAAGCCCAAACUGGUGUCCACUACUGGGGCAGUUCCAGGGAAACCCCGGCUUGUGAUUAACCACACUCAAAUGAAUACUGCUCUCAUUCAAUGGCACCCCCCAGUGGACACAUUUGGACCUCUUCAGGGCUAUCGUCUAAAAUUUGGCCGGAAAGAUAUGGAGCCACUCACUACUCUUGAGUUCUCUGAGAAGGAAGACCACUUUACUGCUACAGACAUCCAUAAAGGAGCAUCCUAUAUCUUCAGGCUCUCAGCCAGAAACAAAGUGGGCUUUGGGGAAGAGAUAGUGAAGGAGAUUUCUGUUCCAGAAGAAGUCCCAACUGGAUUCCCUCAAAACCUUCAUUCAGAAGGCACCACUUCAACGUCCGUCCAGUUAUCCUGGCAGCCACCUGUCCUGGCAGAGAGAAAUGGCAUUAUCACCAAGUAUACUCUUCUAUAUAGGGACAUCAAUAUCCCUCUUCUUCCAAUGGAGCAGCUUAUUGUUCCAGCUGAUACCACUAUGACACUCAGUGGCUUAAAACCAGAUACCACAUAUGAUGUAAAAGUACGUGCUCACACGAGCAAAGGGCCCGGGCCAUAUAGUCCCAGUGUCCAGUUCAGGACACUUCCUGUGGAUCAAGCAGUGUUUGCAAAAAAUUUUCAUGUCAAAGCAGUAAUGAAGACUUCAGUGCUGUUGUCUUGGGAAAUUCCAGAAAAUUAUAAUUCUGCCAUGCCUUUCAAAAUUCUUUAUGAUGAUGGGAAAAUGGUGGAAGAGGUGGAUGGCCGAGCUACACAGAAGUUAAUUGUCAAUCUAAAGCCUGAGAAAUCAUAUUCAUUUGUGCUGACGAAUCGUGGAAACAGUGCUGGUGGGCUGCAACACAGGGUAACAGCAAAGACUGCACCAGAUGUACUUCGUACGAAGCCUGCCUUCAUUGGGAAGACCAAUCUGGAUGGCAUGAUCACUGUGCAACUGCCUGAAGUACCCGCCAAUGAGAAUAUAAAAGGGUACUACAUAAUAAUUGUGCCUUUGAAGAAAUCUCGUGGGAAAUUUAUCAAGCCAUGGGAGAGUCCAGAUGAAAUGGAAUUAGAUGAGCUGCUUAAAGAGAUAUCUAGGAAACGCAGAAGCAUCCGUUAUGGGAGAGAAGUUGAAUUAAAGCCAUAUAUUGCUGCUCACUUUGAUGUCCUUCCCACUGAGUUCACCCUGGGGGAUGACAAACAUUAUGGUGGAUUUACAAACAAGCAACUCCAGAGUGGUCAAGAAUAUGUCUUCUUUGUGUUAGCAGUGAUGGAACAUGCAGAGUCUAAGAUGUAUGCAACCAGUCCCUACUCUGAUCCUGUUGUGUCAAUGGAUCUGGAUCCACAGCCAAUCACAGAUGAAGAAGAAGGCUUGAUCUGGGUUGUAGGUCCUGUCCUUGCAGUGGUUUUUAUCAUCUGCAUUGUCAUAGCUAUCCUUCUUUAUAAAAGGAAGAGGGCAGAGUCCGACUCUAGAAAGAGCAGCAUACCCAACAGUAAGGAGGUCCCUUCACACCAUCCAACAGACCCAGUAGAACUGAGGCGCCUUAAUUUUCAAACACCAGGUUCAGGUGAUUCCGGUUACCCUGGUAACCUUCAUUCUUCAAGUAUGGCUAGCCAUCCUCCAAUUCCUAUCUUGGAACUUGCAGAUCACAUUGAAAGGUUGAAAGCAAAUGACAACUUGAAGUUUUCCCAGGAAUAUGAGUCAAUCGACCCUGGCCAGCAGUUCACAUGGGAACAUUCAAACUUGGAAGUAAACAAACCAAAGAAUAGAUAUGCAAAUGUAAUCGCAUAUGAUCAUUCCCGGGUUCUCCUAUCAGCAAUAGAAGGCAUCCCAGGAAGUGACUAUGUGAAUGCCAACUACAUAGAUGGCUAUAGGAAACAAAACGCCUAUAUUGCAACACAAGGAUCUCUUCCUGAAACUUUUGGGGACUUUUGGAGAAUGAUAUGGGAGCAACGGAGUGCAACAGUUGUCAUGAUGACAAAACUAGAAGAACGAUCCAGGGUGAAGUGUGACCAGUAUUGGCCCAGUAGAGGCACAGAAACCCACGGGCUGGUCCAGGUGACGCUGCUCGAUACCGUGGAACUGGCCACGUAUUGUGUUCGAACAUUUGCACUUUACAAGAAUGGGUCAAGUGAGAAGAGAGAAGUGAGACAAUUCCAGUUCACUGCCUGGCCUGAUCAUGGCGUUCCAGAACACCCGACACCUUUUCUAGCUUUCUUACGGAGAGUCAAAACCUGUAACCCUCCUGAUGCAGGUCCUAUGGUUGUGCAUUGCAGUGCGGGAGUUGGCCGGACUGGCUGUUUCAUCGUAAUAGAUGCCAUGUUAGAAAGAAUAAAGCAUGAAAAAACUGUAGAUAUUUAUGGCCAUGUAACUUUAAUGAGAGCCCAGAGGAAUUACAUGGUUCAAACAGAAGACCAAUACAUCUUUAUCCAUGAUGCACUGUUAGAAGCAGUGACUUGUGGAAAUACCGAAGUGCCAGCUAGAAACUUGUAUGCCUACAUUCAGAAGCUGACACAAAUAGAAGCAGGAGAGAAUGUCACAGGAAUGGAGCUUGAAUUUAAGCGUCUAGCCAGCUCUAAAGCUCACACCUCAAGAUUCAUCAGUGCCAAUCUUCCAUGUAAUAAAUUCAAAAAUCGCCUUGUUAAUAUUAUGCCAUAUGAAUCCACAAGGGUAUGCCUGCAGCCUAUCCGAGGAGUAGAAGGAUCUGAUUACAUCAAUGCCAGUUUUAUUGAUGGAUACAGACAACAGAAGGCCUACAUUGCUACCCAAGGGCCCUUGGCAGAGACCACCGAAGACUUCUGGCGGAUGCUUUGGGAACACAAUUCCACCAUCGUUGUGAUGCUCACCAAACUGCGUGAGAUGGGCAGAGAGAAAUGUCACCAAUACUGGCCAGCAGAACGAUCUGCAAGAUACCAGUACUUUGUUGUAGAUCCCAUGGCAGAGUACAACAUGCCACAAUAUAUCCUAAGAGAAUUCAAGGUUACAGAUGCCAGGGACGGACAGUCCCGAACAGUGAGGCAGUUUCAGUUCACUGACUGGCCAGAGCAAGGAGUGCCAAAGUCUGGAGAAGGAUUUAUUGACUUCAUUGGCCAAGUACAUAAAACAAAAGAGCAGUUUGGCCAAGAUGGGCCCAUUUCAGUCCAUUGCAGUGCGGGCGUUGGAAGAACUGGAGUCUUCAUAACACUAAGCAUUGUUUUGGAAAGAAUGAGAUAUGAAGGUGUUGUAGAUAUCUUCCAGACUGUCAAAAUGUUAAGAACACAACGACCAGCCAUGGUACAGACAGAGGACCAGUACCAGUUCUGCUACCGGGCCGCACUGGAGUACCUGGGCAGCUUUGAUCACUAUGCAACGUAGAAACCCCUGACCCCCUUUGGGUUCUUACUGCAGGCCCUUCAGUAUCCACGGAGUCUCUUCUGAGCCAUACAGGGCACUCGAGAAGUCCUUCUUAACUUCUAGCUAACUACCACUUAGUGGAACUAUUAAAAACAAGACAAAAUAAAAACAAACUCUUCUGGGUGGACCAAGAAUUCACAGUUUAAUAAUCUAACCUGAAAAAUAAUAAAGAGAAUCCUGACUGACGAGGCAUCUGAAGGAUUUUAUUUACAGAUACCUCAAGGAUUCAAAAUAAAGGGAAGAAGAAAUCACAGCAAAGAACCAUCAUCUUGUCCAGGAUUGCUUGUUAGGUGUGAGGAGAAAUUGCCAGAGUCCUGCAGUUCAGUGCAAGAUGUUUGCUGGUGUGGCUUCUCAUAUGAUAAAAUGGACUCUGCUGCGACAUCGCCCCUUCCCACCAUACUGCUCAUAAUAACAUUUCAGGGGGAAUGGGGGGAAAUGUUCAAAAGAAAGUCUUUGAUUUAGUUUUUUAGUAUUGUAAAGAUACUGCUGACCUGUGCUUCAUUUUUAACUGUGUAAACUUUUUUUUAAUGAAAUGUAUCAUUCGAUAAAGUGAAUUUUAAAAAGUUACAUAACUCUUCAUUUUUUAUUUCCAAAUUGUAGGUUUUUUUAAGCUGUAGAACUGUUAUCUGUAAUAUCUUGCUGUAGAAAUAUCAAAUAAUUUGAACAUUUGCACAUUUUUGUGCAAUAUUCUUAAUCUACAGUAUUGGUCUUGUCAGAUUACUUUUACACUUCUGUUCAGUUUUGGUUGGUGAGAAAGUACCCAUUCUUUUCAUAGUCAAAAAGAACUUUGUUUUGUUUUGUUUUGUUUUUGGAAUCAACAGGGAGGCGCAAAGUAUAAAGUUGCUGCUAACAUAUAUACAUAUAUAUCCAUAUUUUACAGGGGUGUCUAUGUAUAUAUAAACAGUGUGUCCACACAAAAAGAUAGAUACAGAUAUCAUUCAGCUCUUCCAUGAUUUCAUUUUGUUUUUGUAUGUUUUUGUUUUGUUUUGUUUUGUUUUCUGGGGCUUUUUUUAGGUAGAAAAGCUAUUAUAAACAUCUUUCUCAAUUUAUUAAUUUUACGACAUAUGGGUAUUUCUUAAUUUCAUAAAAUUUUAAUUUUAAGGGAAAUGAGGAAUGCACAUCAGUGAUUGUCAAGCCUCACCCCCUAAUUUACUAUCCAGUCUCCCCCCACCCACCUACUCAUAUUCACAGAUAUCCUUUUGUUAGCCAGGCUUCCAACAAACUUCAAUAUUUCUAACACUCUAGUGCAAUAAAAAAUAUUAAAUAUCUAAGAGGUGUGCAUGUGGGAAAGGUCAGUGCAUAUCCCUUUAGGAGGGGAGAAUGUUGUAAUAUAUCAGCUAUCAAGUUGUUUAAAAAACAAUGUAUUCAAUCGUGUAUUGUCUAUAGUAUGUGCUAUGAAACUUGCAUUUAUGAUAUGUAACAGGGGCAAAGCCAAACUCAUGUUACUCUGUUCAGUCAGAAACAUUUUGUGGCAUAUAGCACUCCUGGGAAGUGCUGUCCUUCAUUUUCUUUUGGUUUUAGUUAUGCAUUUAGAGUGCCUUAUAAUUGAUGCCUAUUUUAAUAGCAUUUCUUUUUAGCUUUUGGUUCCUAUUUUCAUUAGUUGUUCAUAUAUGUUAUUCUUCCAAUUAAAGAAUUAUCUGUUUACCACAUGUACAAAAACUCUUUGAAUAAUAUGCAUUCCUAGUUUUCAACUAAGUCGGGGAUGUUAGUGAUUGUACCAGCCCAAAGCACUUGGAUAAUCAGGGCCCUUCCUUUCAUGAUUGCCAACAUCAGGAAAAGCUACUUGUUUUACUUAGCGUCCUUUCCAAAUCUGUUCUGGAACAUGCAGUAACUGCACAAAACUUAUUUUAGUGACAAAUAUCUCUUUGUCAACUCUGGAAUAUGCUUACUAGUCCAUUAAGAUUUUUCUAAAAAGUGAAAUUGAACAACAAUUUAUUUUCCAAUAUAAUUACAAAUUUUCCAACAUAAUUGCUAUAGGAAGCCAUGGAUAAUGGCAUAAGUAUGCCAUAUCUUAUAUGAUUUUAAAGAACCCUAAAAAUAUCCAAGGAACUCUUAAAGAGUUUUGGUAUAGAGUAUUUUGGAUUAAUUUUAGCUUCAUUCGAUGUUCAGCAUACAAGGAUUUUUGUUUUCCACAUUUUACCAUUACUAGUAGAUUGAAAUCCAAGAGACCAAACACGUGCAAGCAUCUUAUUAGAGCACUUUUGUAUAAAAAAAUAAAAAGAAAGAAAAAAAAGGAAAAAAUAUAUAAUACUAAAAAAAAAGUAUCUAGAAGGCUACCUCAGAAUGAGACUCUCUAACCUACAUCAGAACCAGAGAAGAAUGUGCACUAUGUGGAUCUGUUGUUGUUUUCUUUUACUUUGUAUCUUUUGGAGAUUUAUCCAAGUGCCAGAUUACUGAGUGCUGUGAUUUUCAUUUAGUGAAACAAAGGGGGUCAGACAGACUUGCAGACAUGCCACGUUAGACGUGUAGAAUAUGAUGGUGUCUAAUACACACUAGAAAGACUGGCCAGUGAGCAGUUUCUCUCCCUGAAGCAAAAACUGUCCAUUUGGCAACGGGAAAGAGGAGAAAAAUCACAAGAAGAAAAUUCAUGGUAUGCAUACCACACAAACGAGGCAGAGACUAUCUAGGUAUCUUACUGUUUAGGCGCUGUUCCAAGAACUAACUCCCUUACUGUCAUUGAUGUGCAUUCCACUCUGUGCAGGCAUUCUAGUUUGAUUUUCCCAGGUAAACAUCUUUAUCUACCAUUGCCGUAAACUUUCAAGUUUCCAAUUAUUUUCAUCAUCAUAACCAGUACGGUGCUAUUAUUUACCUAUGUACGUGUAGUUAUGUAUAAUUUUGUAAUUAGUUACAAUGGUAAAAAAAAAAUCAAAAUAUAUAAAAAGUGAUUUGUACAGAACUUUAUUUUAGCUCUUUUUUAAAAAUGAUUUGCAUGGUUAGACAACGGCAAGGACAGCCAGGGGAGGGAAGGGCCUCUAGGGAACUUUGCACUUUCUAUACCUUUGUACUAUGCACUGCCCUAUUGAUUCUACACCCAAUAAUGUUAUUACUUGAACCCAUCUGUAAGAAACUGCUUCAGAAAUUCAUUAUUGUGUAUGUAAAUAACACAACAUAGACACAGGAAGGGAAAAAUUCUUCAGUAAUGUAGAGAUUUUUUUCUUCCCUGUUUAUUUUUGGGUUUGCUUUGUUUUAGUCCCUCCUUUUUAUUUUUAAUUCCCUUUUCUGUUUCCUUUAUGGCUUUUGGUUUCCUUUGGGUUAUGGGUGCCCUGAUACUCCAGCAGAGAUCAGAAGGCUACAGAUCCAUCCUAUCCAUCUGUUAUGUGGCUUUGCCAUUCAAGCUUGGAGUGUCUUUACAAAGAUAAUAACACUUGUGUUCUUUGCUCUCGUUUUGGAUGCAUAGACUGAAAAUUUAAAAAAAAUAACUUGUAAAAUGGCUUGUUAAAAAAUACAAUUACCUCUAAUUAGUAGUACGCGUAAAUGUUUUACAGAAUGAAAGGCGUGCUUUUUAUUUUCUUACUUCGUUACAUUGGUGGCGAAAGAAGUCUGUAUGAAAAUCAGUUCUUUGCUGACACAAGUUCCAUUUGUUACAAAUGAAUUCUAAUAAAAAUGUCAGUGUUAUGCA